AUGUCUGAAGAAGCGGCCAGUUCCAGCAGUUUUGGUUUCAAAAAACGGAAUAUCAAAAAGCCAGCAUUUCGAAAAAAGCAAGAGUCCAGCAAUGAGUCCGAUGCCGGUAGCGGAGAUGAGGAACAACAACAAACCUCAGCUGUUGUUCGUUUGGAGCAAAGACGUAAACGUGCCAAUCCAAAUUUUCAAAGUACCAAACAUCUAAAAUCUAAAAAAGAACGGAACAAUAAAGACUCCAGCUCGUCGAGCAGUGAAGACAGCGAUGAUGAUAAACGUGUAACCGUGACAUAUAAAUCCAAACGAACAGCAGCACCAAGUGGACCCCAAGAUCAGGGUGCAACAUCAGUUUUGGAAAUCGACACCGAAAUUGAUCGUGAUGCCCAAGCGAUACAUGAAAAGGCCAUUAAAGUCAAUGAAGAAUUGGAGGGAAUGGCCGAUGAUAAAAUCUACAGGGGCCUUAAUAAUUAUGCCCAAUACUAUAAGAAAAAAGACACCGCCGCUGGUAAUGCUAGCUCUGGUAUGGUACGCAAAGGACCGAUUAGAGCUCCAGCACAUUUACGUGCCACCGUUCGAUGGGAUUAUCAACCGGAUAUUUGUAAAGAUUACAAAGAGACGGGUUAUUGUGGCUUUGGUGAUAGUUGUAAAUUUUUGCAUGAUCGUAGUGAUUACAAGGCAGGUUGGCAAUUGGAAUUGGAUCAUGCUGCCCAGCAAAAGGGUGAAUGUGAAUCCGAUGAUGAUGAUACAAAAUAUGAAAUACAUUCGGAUGAAGAAACAUUGCCAUUUAAGUGUUUCAUCUGUCGCCAAAGUUUUGUUAAUCCCGUGGUUACAAAAUGUAAACAUUAUUUUUGUGAAAAAUGUGCUUUGGAACAGUAUAAGAAGAGCCAGCGUUGCUUUAUUUGUUCCCAGCAAACAAAUGGCAUUUUCAAUCCGGCCAAAGAAUUAAUAGCCCGUCUUAAAAAUGCCGGAGAUGAUGAUGAUCAUCAUCGUGGACAUAGUGAUUCGGAGGAAGAGGCUAGUGAUUAA